AUGCGCAAUGUCAAAGUCCCCUUGGAAAAGCGGAAAAGGGUAUCAAAAGCCUGCAACACCUGCAUGAAACGAAAACAAAAGUGCGAUGGCCAAAAGAAUUGCUCAUGCUGCCGCAAGAAAGGCAUAACCUGCGUGUACCGGCCGAGUAAAUCCACCGAGUCGUCAAGCGACUCGACUGUGUCUUGCUCGCCUCCAAACGAUUUGGGCGAACAAUCACCAGAAGCUGUCGAAUACUCUGAUACGCCAGACAUAAGUGGAAAAGUAACCAUGAGGAGAUCAGAAAGUCCAGGAACAAUGUCCCGUUUCCGCAUUGUUUCUACAUCAAGACCCGGAGAAUUUGGAAAAUAUACGCACCCUCACACAGCGUCGGAUCACCAGCUUAUUACAUUGUGUCUUCCGUUGCCAGAACCACCAUUAUUUUCUCAUUGCUAUGCUACCGAAUCUUUCGUAGCUCUCGUCAAGAAACAUGUGGAGCGAGGCUCUGGAUCUUCAGGUUUCACAGAGUCGUCGUGUAUCCGGUCUGAGUCGCAACAAACAAGCCCUGCAAGCCCUUACCCAAUAUGGCCCCCUGAUUUGCCUCGAAUCACUAUUGAAAGGCUAGUUAAAUCCUAUUUCACCAAUGCCAAGACGCUUGGUUUCAUCGACGUUAUAAGCUCCGAAUCCGUCGGAGCCACACUGCGUCAAAUGUACAAUGGACCAAGCCAGGUGUACUAUUCAGAACGGUGCAUUAUCUAUUUGGUACUGGCGAUCGGGCUUACGUUUGAUUUUGGUCCGGCAGAAGGAGCUUUGCAAGACCCCAAUCUAAAAGAACAGUUCUUCGCAAGCGCUGAAGCAUUGCUUCAGCCAAUUGAAACACAAAGAGGAACAAAGAGCUACAAUGGUGUCCCAUGGACCCUCCAGGCUCUCGUUUUGAUGUCACUCUAUAUGCUAUGUGUAUCGAGGCGGCAUGCUGCACACUCUUACUGUGGUCGAGCUUUCGAAGUUGCUCAGUCGUUCGGGAUCCAUCGAGGGAAAGAGGCCGAGGGCGAGAGAUUCUCUGGUACCCAAUCAUGGAUAGUAUCAAGACGAAGCGUCUGGAGAAGCCUCUUCGUUCUCGACAGAUUCCUCGCUGCCACAUUAGGCAGACCGCUGACUUUUCAUCAACACACUGAAGAGUCUCUUAAACUGAAGAAGAGGACUCCUCUCAACUUUGUUGUCGAUGCAUGCCGGAUCAUCGAUGAAACUGUCAAGGUUAUAUACUCAGGAUCUGAGAUAUCGAUGAAAAAAGUAUUAUUAGGGAUUGGAUACCUUGACUUGCUUACAGACGCCAAUGUCGACCCAGCCCAUUCCGUGGCACAAGUUCGCGUCGACCCUCUUCGUUUCUAUGCUGACAUUCUUCUUUGUCGGCCAUUCUUUCUUCUUCGCUUCAUCGCUUCUACGCAAGAACGCGAAGCUUUGGAUGAUAUCGAACCACAAAUUAACAAGCUAUCUCAGAGAUGCGUUUCCAAAUCGAUGCGAGUAAUAGAGAUGCUCAAAGAAGGAAGGCGUCCCCAUUCUUCUUUUCCUGUUGAUCCCUUCACUCCUAUUUAUGCAAGCAUACACUUCAGGGAAGAACACCUGUCACUAGUAAACGACGCGAUAGCCAUGUUGGGGGCAGUGAAGGAAACAAAUUCUUAUGCGAAGCAUUCCGCUUCGGUGCUAGAUUUGUUUCUACGUGAUUGCCGGAAUCACGCAAGGAUCGUCAAGCCAAAACCCGAGGGACAUGCAUAUCAGACCAAAACCGAGCCCAUCACUGCAUACGAAUCCAGUCAAUACCGCUCUCCUUUCUAUCCGCCAACACAGGGCAGUCUGGCACCUGCUUACGAUAGAAGAGCAGCAAUCGGGGAUCGAAAUGUUAUCAAAAAAGAAAGCCAUGAUCAUUCAAACGCUUUCUCAUCUACGUGUUUUUCAUCGCCCAUGGAUAGCAGCACGUUUCACCACCAACCUUCGGCCGAGUACUCACAGCGUUCGUGGCACAACGAACAUAAUGGUGAUAUGGAUCUUGACGGCUCGUACGAUUCGAAAAGGUGA